GCGCGAGGGCAGAAGGAAGCCGAGCAGGCGGCGAGCAGAAUUGGUAACUUCACCAAGCAAAGCACAGCAAUGGAAGCCCUGAUGGGACCUGAUCGCUACCACUGGGCCUCUAUGAGCCGUGAAGAUCAGCUCAAGGAAGCUGCAAUGGCCUUUAUCCGCCUUUGUGCAGAACAGGGAGAAGGUGAUAGCCCAAGGAAGACACGUGCUGCACCUCAGCUAGACCCCUACACAAGAGCUUCGGUGGCCUCUUUGGCCAGACCUGCACUUCCUGUGAUGAUCAGACACCUUCAGACAGGAUCCGCCUUGCAAUCAAAAACUCCUGAGGUUCCCAGAGUUGCUAGGAAGCCUGUGAUGAAAAGGAAAGUUUUGAGGUGAAGGCCCGAUGGAGAAGUAGAGGUGACGGACGAGUCCAUUAUCAGCGAACCAGAGACUAGCAGUCCGAGUGACCCUGAGUGCGGGGAGUUGAGUCAAAGAAUGUACAGUCUGAAGACUCAGCAAGAAGUAGAGGAGGAGUCAUCAGAGGAGGAGAGUGGGCCAAGCAUUUGCCCAGAGUCUGAGAUUGCUUAUUCCUGGAGAACUACAGAGGAGAGCCAGAGCCGAGGGUCCCAAAGAGAGAGCCAGAGCCGCAGCAUCACAACCUACGAGCAGGACUUGAUCAUUGCUGGCCACCCAGAGUCCUUCAUAUUACCAAGACUGGAGCAGCUAAGCAGGAACAGAAUGAAGACAGAUUGGGUAGCCCGUUACCUGGAGCAUAAGCAUGACUGGGAAUCGCUGCGGCUGCCAGGGGAAGAUCCCAGGAAAGGUGCGCGUUGGAGCAUCCGAGAACAGAUGCUAUACAAGUCAGAAUUGCCUCCCAGGGCUCAGCACAUUUAUAUCCCCAACAACUACCUGGUGCCUACAGAGAAGAAAAGAUUUGCCCUGUGCUGGGGAAUACGCUGUGACCUGGCAAAUGGUGUGAUACCUAGAAAUUCCUACUCCUCCUAG